UAAGUUAUUCUUUUCUUUUGUUAAAAAAGAAUAAAAACAAUUCAGUUAAAUUCAAACAAAUCAAAAAGAAUAAAACACAAGGCGGUCGCGAAGAUAAAAUACCAACCUCCAGCCGCUAAACUUCCAGCGAAAAACCUCGCGCGCGGCCAUUUUUACUGAACGUUCGCAGAAUGGAGCAAUCAAAGACGGUAGCCGAGCCAAAGUCCAGAUCAAAGCAACCUCCGGCCGAAGAAUCUCACCAGAAAGAGUCGGAUCCCGCAAUGGACGCUGAAGGCUUUGUUAUGGUGUCAACAACAGAGCCGGAAGUACAACAAGGGAAACAGACUCAGAAUCCGAGAGAGAGUGAGAUUCAAAGCGAGCAAAUGCAAUCACCGAAUCAAACGUCAUCCGGAUCGAGGAAAACGGUUCACUGGAGUCCUGAGUCGGUUAGUGAAUCGCCUGCUGCGGAUCACGGCGUUGCCGGAUCCGCUCCUGACGGACCUAAUCCUUACAUCGCUCACGAUUCCGCUCCCGAAUCUUUUUCGACUUCCUUCAAAGGCAAGCAAUUAGACAUUUAUUCCGAUUUCAGUAGCUUUAUUUUUUUUCUCUAAAUCUUUAAAUAAUUAUGAAAUUGGAAACAGAGAAAAUGGACACAGUGAAAGAGGUAU